CUAUCUUUUGCCAUUAUUCUCCAUCUUUAUAUGGUUCCUCUCAGCUCCUCUUUUAUAUUAUUAUCAUAGGAUCAUUUUAUUUGCAGUCUCAGUACCAAGAAGUUCCUCCAAUAAUGAAGCUUUCACUCCUUCCCCUCGUUGCAUUUCUCACAAUUGCCCAUGCUGCUAAUUUGCCACCACCAGAACUUUACUGGAAAUCCAGGCUUCCCACCACUGCCAUGCCCAAAUCUAUUACAGAUCUCCUCCACUCUGCUGGUGGUGACACCACUGUGCAUAGGAAGUAUGAUUAUGGUGAUGACUCAGCUGCGUCAUUUCUAAAGUAUGGAGGUGGCGUAUUCAUUAUUUACGAUGAGCCUGAGACGCAACUCCAACACAAUCCCUUCGCAUCUCUCCUCUUCUUGGAAAAAGACUUGGGAUUUGGUCACACGAAGAAUUUGAUCUUUACCAAGACCUCUAACCAAGCCUCCUUUCUGCCUCGUCAAGUCGUCAAAUCCAUUCCUUUUUCUUCUACCAAGGUGGAUGAGAUAUUGAGAACGUUUUCAGUGAAACCUGGCUCGACAGAAGCUGAGAUGAUGAAGAAAACAAUUAAAGCAUGUGAGGGCUCAGGGAUUAAAGGAGAGGAAAAGUACUGUGCGCUGUCGUUGGAAUCCAUGGUUGAUUUUAUCACCUCCAAGCUUGGGAGACUCGUGGAAGCUUUGUCUACAGAAGUGAUAUUGAAGAAUGAAACAAAGAGGCAAGAAUACAGAAUAAUGCAUGGAGUGAAGAAGGUGGGAGAUGCGAAUCUAGUGGUUUGCCACAAGCUCAGUUAUGUGUACGCUGUGUUUUACUGUCAUAAAAUGGAGACCACAAGAGCCUAUACGGUGCCGUUGCAGGGGGAAGAUGGAAGUAAAGUGAAUGCAAUGGCUAUAUGUCAUACAGACACAUCAGGAUGGAGCCCAAAACAUUUGGCCUUCCAAGUGCUCAAAGUGAAGCCAGGGAGUGUUCCUGUGUGCCAUUUCCUUGCUCAAGGAACUGUUCUCUGGGUCCCCAGACAAACCCCUAAUUAGCAUCAUUCUCAUUGAUGUGCUUCAUCACAAGCAAAACUACUAAAUAAAACUAAGGCUUAAUCCAGUAUUUGCAAGAACUAGCUAAAGGGAAAUAGAGUGGUUGAAAUCACAUAUCGUCUGGUGAAUUCCAGUAAUCUCAGUCAUUUUAUACUGUGAAUAAGAUCGUUAGGAAUAACGGUCACGAUAAUUUUAGAGAAUGAAUUCAAAAAGUUGAGUUCUAGUUAUCCCAUAAGGUAAACCACAAUAAUCCCUUUGAUGCUUCUAGUGAUUGAUCCACUUAAUUGAACUAUUUGUUUUGCGAAUUUUCUCUUCUAAAUUGAUCUCUCUCUUUUUAUUUAAUUGAACUUCUGUGUGGACUAAAUAUUGAUCAAUUUGACUGGUAAAAA